AGUCAUUUUUUUCUUCAAUUCACUUUCUCUCUCCUCACUCUCACAUCCUCUCCCAAACAAACCCCACACACCACCACUUCACUAAUCACUACCCAACAAACCCCCUUUUUCCCUCCUCUUCCCCCCACCCAACCCCAACUCCCUUCCUCCCCAACUUUCUCUCUCCUCCAUUUCCAAAACCCUAAAGAAACAAAACCCUCUUCAAAAUUCCUCGAUCUCAUUAAUAAAGGUGGAGGUGGAGGUGGAGGUGGUAGUGGUAGUGGUGGUGGUGGUGGUGGUGGAGGAAGUAGUGCGGCUUGUGCACAAAAAACGAUGUAUAAAAACCAGCUGCAAGAGCUGGCGCAAAGAAGCUGCUUCAACUUGCCUUCCUAUACUUGUAUUCGAGAAGGUCCGGAUCAUGCUCCUAGGUUUAAAGCCAUCGUCAACUUCAAUGGCGAAAGCUUUGAGUCACCACAAUAUUGCUCCACUCUUCGUCAAGCCGAACACGCUGCUGCCGAAGUCGCCCUUAACUCUCUCUCCUCUCGUGGCCCAUCUCAUUCCCUCGCCGCCCGCAUCCUGGAUGAAACUGGGGUUUACAAAAACCUUCUACAAGAGAUUUCACAGAGAGUUGGAGCCCCAUUGCCUCAUUACACAACUUACAGAUCAGGCCUAGGACACCAGCCAGUAUUUACUGGUAAAGUAGAACUUGCCGGGAUCAUAUUCACAGGGGAGCCGGCCAAAAAUAAAAAACAGGCAGAGAAGAAUGCAGCUUUGGCUUCUUGGCAAUCUCUAAAACAAUUGGCACACCAAUCUGGGAGCUCGUCUUCCGAGCAAGAGAAUACUGACGAGCUUGAGCAGGUGACAAUAGCCCGAGCAUUGUUGAGGUACCGAUUGAGGGAGAGGAUGACAACUGCAUCUAGUAAACCUUUGCCAUUUCCACAAACAUUCCCCAUCCAGAAUCCAAGACCAUCGAGCCCUCAACGUCGUCCAGUGACUGCGUCGAAGAUUCUUCCACUUAUCUGCCCAAAGAAGACACUACCUCGAGUACGGCCCCUGUCAUAUGUAGGGUCUGAUAAUUCGGUCUCCUCAUCCCAUUCUCAAAUUCCAGAAUCCCGAGGAAGUCAGUCUCAGCGGUUCCCAGGUCUGGGGGCACCUCCAUACAUUCCUAUGCGGCAUGUGCGAGCACCAUGCCAUGGUAUUGCACCACCAGUUACUAUUAGGAAUGCCAUCCCGUGCUACUCCGCACCACCUGUUCCCCGAUCAUCAGCUCCAGCUCCUCCAGUUAUGAGGACAGCUCCACCUGUGCGGAUUGCGCCACCAGUAUGCAUUAGGCAAAGUGUCCCCGUUUUCUCUGCUCCUCCGCCAUUGCCAAAGGAAGACCUGUCAACUGUUAAACAUCUGGAGUCAAAUAAAGCUUCAGAUGAAGUAGAAGCAGUUGAAUUCUCAACUGGAAAGGAAUCUCAAGAAUCUAAAAAAACUGAGCCAGUUGUGAAACCUCUUCCCCUAGCCAACAUGGGCCCUUCGGUGACCAGGGCUUUCCCCACUCGAACUGCACCAUCUGUGUGUAUUAGACAGGCUAUUCCUGUUUUUGCUGCACCACCAGUUAAAAAGGUUGAGUCAUCAUCACCAAUGGAGCCAAGAGACUCGGGUACAAAGAUGGCUUCUGUAGAAGAAACCCAGGAUUCCGAAGCUGUAGAGAAGUUGGAACUGCUCAAACUCUGAAAAUGAGGAAUGUAGAUCUCUAGGAAUGUCAAAUCAGGGAGUAUGAUUUUGGUGCUGGUUUUUUAUCUUUUAUUGUCGAUGCCAUCUUGUAUGAAUGUCCACCCCCCCUUUUUUUUUCUUUUUCUUCUUAGUUUUCUUGUAUUUGAGUUGGCAUAUUAUCGAUGUUUCACUACAGUUAUAUCCUUUUAAAACCAGUAUAUUAGCAACUUAGUGUCGAUUUGGCUUA